UCAAUAUGACAACAUCGUUUUUCCGUGUUAAUUUUGUUUGUUAAUUUCUUGGUUAUAAAAGUAGCAAUUUUGGACUUAUCGGACGAGUAUUGAACUAAUUGAUGGUGAAUAAUGGGGACAAUUUCUUGUUUUUCAUGCUACGUUACUAUGAAUAAAUAUGCAAUCAUCGGCAGUCAUGCAUGAACAUUAUCCUAUCCUUCGGAAACAUUUCACAUCAAAGAAUGGUAAAAUCAAGGAAAAGCGAACUGCUAAAAACAAUGAAGAUGUUGAGAAAUUUGUGACUGUUCUUAGCGGAUGGCAAGCCGAAUUGCGUAUCCUAUGCAGAAGUCUACAAAAAAGUGCUGGCAGACCUGAACGCCACUUAAUUCGUUCAAUUUGUGUUCUUCAUCAGUGUCUUGUAUUUUGUUGUAUCUUGUUGGACAAGGUAAAGACAUUAUUGUCUGAUAAAGGUAAACUCUCUUAUGAAGAGAUAGAACAACUGAUUUAUCUAAAAGUACAUCUCAACAAUUUAACCAAGCUUCUCAAUGAAACAAAUCUUAUCUACAACAAUUGUUGUGGCAUCAAGCAAGAAAUAAGAGAUGAUGCGAAUCUUGAAAAUAUUACAAAUGCUGUGAAAUAUAUAAAAAGUACCAUUUCCAAUCUAAACCAUCCUGAGAUAAAUGAUCUCUUUGACUUAAAUAUCACCCCAGAAAAUAUUUUGUGCUCAGUGCUUGGUUUGAAAGUUGAGUUUGGUUUCAGGCUUUACAAAUUAAGUCCUCACAUGAGAGAACACAGGAGUGAAAAGGAAAAUUUGCUAAGGUUCUUGAAGGAGUUUGAGGAAGAAGACAGCAUAGAAAAUCUCGGAGAUAGUAAGGUUGCUAAAAUCUUAUGCAAGAUUGGUUUUACAAAGCAUCGAUCUAAAUUUAUUGCUUAAUGGAUAACCAACAUGGCAGAUCCAAAUCACAAACCAAUUUUAUCCUGGGUGGAAACUUACAUUGAAAAUCAUUUUAAGUAUAAUGUCUUGUUAAAUGAUCAAGUCUUCAAUUUCCCAUACGAAAGUAAUCUAAAUGAAUGGUUUACUGAGUAUUUCUCAUGUUUUGAUGAAGAGGGAAGACAUAGUCAUCCUUUAAAUAUGAUCAAUGUUGAAUCGCAAGAAGAUGCUCUAUGCCAUGUUAUAUCAAUAUUUGCAAAACUAAAUAAAAAAAAUCCUGAGACAAAAGUGUAUUUCCAUUCUACUGUUGAUGAAGAGGGAAGACAUAGUCAUCCUGUAAAUAUGAUCAAUGUUGAAUCGCAAGAAGAUGCUCUAUGCCAUGUUAAAUCAGAAGUUGCCAAACUAAAUAAAAAAAAUCCUGAGACAAAAGUGUAUUUCCAUUCUACUGAUCACAAAAGUGCUGUGGAUAUUCUGGAAGACAGAAUUGAGCUUGGUUUUGGUCGAGACAAAUCAGACUUCUCUGAUGGAGAAGGGUUCUACAUGAUAAAUGACGCAAAGUUCUCAUUGGAGCAAUAUGGAUUGAGCAGUACACAUCCAGCUAUUAUCAUGUUUGAUGUGAGUCCUCAAAAACUGAGCAAGUUUAAAGGAAUUGAUUUAUCCAGUGCUGAGAAAGAAGAAGAUUGGAAAUUGAUUGUUGAGUAUUUUCGCUCAAGUAGCCAUGGUAUUGGUAAUUUACCCAAGAAUUUGUUCUCACACAUAAGACAAUGUGAUUACAUCAGAGGUCCUGUUUCUAUAAAUGGUUCUAUUAAAAAUAACACAUUAUCUCAAGGUGUUGAACAAAUUUGCAUAAAGAAACGAGAAUUGGCCAAGCAAAUAGGGCAUCCAUCAUCAAUUUUAGGAGCCAUUUUUCUUAAAGCUCAUGAACUGAUUCAAAAGGAAAAUGAGCUUGGCAGUAAAUCUCGUCUACCUUUAAUCUUAUAAGUAACUGGUGUUAUACCCAAGAACAGUUGGUAUAACAUAUUUUAUUGUAUACUUAUAUCUAGAACCAACAGUUGAUCAUUGUAGACUAUGAUUAUCUUUUUACUAUUUAUACCUAAACAUCGUGAUAUACUCAAGUUAGGAAACGAACUAUUUACUGCUUGUUGUAGAUUCGAUAAUUUUAUUUGGCUUUUGUAUGAUGUCAUGAUGAAUAUCAAAAAAUUUGGAAUUUUUGUUCUUUAGUA